AUGGAACACACAGAUGAAAAGGAAAACAAAACAAAAUCUGGUUUUCGUAACCUCGUCGUCGUGUGGUCGUGUCUGGAGACUAUAACCGGCGAACGAAGAACAAACUUUGAAUAUUAUCUCCAAAGCAACACAGAAGAAGAAGAAGGAGAUAGAGAGAAAAUGUCGUUUACAGGAACAUUGGACAAAUGCAAGGCCUGUGACAAAACCGUGUAUGUUAUGGAUUUGUUGACAUUAGAGGGUAACACUUAUCACAAAUCAUGCUUCAGGUGCACCCAUUGCAAUGGCACUCUCGUGAUAAGUAACUACUCAUCAAUGGAUGGAGUUCUUUACUGUAAGCCUCACUACGAACAGCUUUUCAAAGAAUCUGGCAAUUACAGCAAGAAUUUUCAGGCAGGAAAGACCGAGAAGCCGAAUGAUUAUCUGACUCGAGCUCCGAGCAAGUUAUCGUCGUUCUUCAGUGGAACACAAGACAAGUGUGCAACUUGUCACAAAACCGUUUAUCCACUAGAGAAAGUAACAAUGGAAGGAGAAAGUUACCACAAGACUUGCUUCAGGUGCACACACAGUGGUUGUCCUCUGACUCACUCUUCUUACGCUUCUCUUAACGGCGUCCUUUACUGUAAAGUCCAUUUCAACCAGCUCUUUCUCGAGAAAGGAAGUUACAAUCACGUCCAUCAAGCCGCCGCUAACCACCGUAGAUCCGCCUCUUCUGGUGGCUCUUCUCCGCCUGCUGGUGAUCACAAACCUAAAGAGAGCGCCGCAAUUCCCGAGGGAGAAGGAGGAGAAGGAGGAGAAGAAGAAGCAGUCCCUGAAGCUGCAGGAGAAGAGCCUGAGCCUGUGGUUGAGUCUUGA